GACUGCAUUCAUGGAAAUGAGCCUGGAGGAGCGGAGCAGCACACACUCUGAGCGUCAGCUAGGGCUGCAGCUCUGCGCGACCAUCUCUGCGGUCCACACCAGCCUUCCCCACUGGGCCCAGCGCGUUUGCACUUGCGGGGCCGGUACUCUCAGCUUUUGUUUUCUCUGGACACCUUCCUCUCUGGCCCUGCUGUGCUGGCGCACACAUGCUGUCCUUGCUCCAGCUCUCCCUGCACCUACAGCUGUGGGAGCUCCCGGCAGCCUGGGACUGUGGGAUCGCUGCACAGAGCCACCAUGGCCUCUGACGUGGAGAGCUGUGACCUGCCGAGGCUUUGAUGUUGCUGCCCAGGGCUUGCCAGGACACUGGGGCCGCAGGAGAGGGGACUCACCGUGGUUCCCAGUGACCUGACCGCAGAGGAGCGUCAAGAACUGGAGAACAUCCGACGGAGAAAACAGGAGCUGCUGGCUGACAUUCAGAGGCUGAAGGAUGAGAUAGCAGAAGUAGCUAAUGAGAUUGAAACCCUGGGAUCCACAGAGGAAAGGAAAAACAUGCAGAGGAACAAACAGGUAGCCAUGGGCAGGAAAAAAUUUAAUAUGGACCCUAAAAAGGGGAUCCAGUUCUUAAUAGAGAACGACCUGCUGAAGAACACUUGUGAAGACAUUGCCCAGUUCUUAUAUAAAGGUGAAGGGCUCAACAAGACAGCCAUUGGUGACUACCUAGGGGAGAGAGAUGAAUUUAAUAUCCAGGUUCUUCAUGCAUUUGUGGAGCUGCAUGAGUUCACUGAUCUUAAUCUCGUCCAGGCACUACGGCAGUUCCUGUGGAGCUUCCGGCUACCGGGAGAGGCCCAGAAGAUUGACCGGAUGAUGGAGGCCUUUGCCCAGCGAUACUGUCAGUGCAAUAAUGGCGUGUUCCAGUCCACGGACACUUGUUACGUCCUCUCCUUUGCCAUCAUCAUGUUGAACACCAGUCUGCACAACCCCAAUGUCAAAGAUAAGCCCACGGUGGAGAGGUUCAUUGCUAUGAACCGAGGCAUCAAUGAUGGAGGAGACCUGCCGGAGGAACUACUCCGGAAUCUCUAUGAGAGCAUAAAAAAUGAACCCUUCAAAAUCCCGGAAGAUGACGGGAAUGACCUCACUCACACUUUCUUCAACCCAGACCGAGAAGGCUGGCUGUUGAAACUCGGUGGCAGGGUAAAGACUUGGAAGAGACGCUGGUUCAUCCUGACUGACAACUGCCUUUACUACUUUGAGUAUACGACGGAUAAGGAGCCCCGUGGAAUCAUCCCUUUAGAGAAUCUGAGUAUCCGGGAAGUGGAGGACUCCAAAAAACCAAACUGCUUUGAGCUUUAUAUCCCUGACAAUAAAGACCAGGUCAUCAAGGCCUGCAAGACCGAGGCUGACGGGCGGGUGGUGGAGGGGAACCACACUGUUUACCGGAUCUCAGCUCCGACGCCCGAGGAGAAGGAGGAGUGGAUGAAGUGCAUUAAAGCAGCCAUCAGCAGGGACCCUUUCUAUGAAAUGCUCGCGGCACGGAAAAAGAAGGUCUCCUCCACGAAGCGACACUGAGCGUGCAGCCGAGGGCGUCGGUCUGUGGGGCUUCGGAGCUCCCGCCCUUCUCCCGCGCCUCCACGGACGUGCUACUGCCUAGCAGAGCGUCCUCUGCCAGGCCCUGCCCUGGAUUCCUAGAGACUAGCUUCAGCUUUUGCUAUUUUUUUUUAAGUGGGAGAAGGGUGGGCAGUUAUCACUGGGGAAGAGGGGACUGGCCGCCUGGCCAGCAUGGGCUCCUGAGCCUUUCUCUCUCACAGGGCAGAGCUCCUGUCGGCAGGGCAGCCUCCUGGCCAGUUUCUCUGCUCGGUGUUCUGGUAGCAGAGCGCGGCACCAACUGUUUACCUCCUGGUUGUCCCGGUGAAGAAGCCUUCAACCCCUGCACCAUAAAUACAUGUAUCCAUAUAUUAUUAUAUGUUAAGAAAAAAGGUGGAAAGGAAGAGAAGCCACAUACUAUAAAGAUCUAUUUUUUUUUAAGAGAGAACAUAGUGCUGUUCAGGUGCAUUCUGCCCUGGCUGCUCCGGGAGCUUCUCCCUGGAGAAGAGCACCCAGGGCUGCAGCUGAGGGGCAUCAGCCUGGGCCCGCGGCAGGGCCUGGCCCACCUCUCCUGUGCUGUGGGAGCUGGCUGCCUAGUACUUGUCUGGGCAAGAGAGGCAGGUGAGGUCAAGGACACAGAGGGCAGAGGUGCAGUGGGCCUCGGACAGCACAGUCAGACUCGGGGCCUGCCCUGGCGGGGGCACAGCCAGCAGCAGCGUGCAGUCCAGCGGCUCCCGCAGAUGUUUCUCCAUCCCAAGUGCCUGCGGAGCGCCGAGGAGAGGAGAGAACUGACCGGACGCUGACGUUACUUUCCUCCUCCAGAAUCCAAGUUCUUGUGGGGCUUUAACUUAGAAAGUCAGCAUUUUCCUUGAGCUAAAUACCUAAUAACCAAAACUGUGAGGAAGGUUAUCAGGACAGAGCUUCCGGAUAACCUCACUGUUUCAUAUUUGGUUUUCUUCCUUUUCCCCAGAACUCCAGUCCUCGUUCUAGAGGAAGGAGUAGGACUUAGCCCAUCCCCUUAGGGCUUCAGCUUUUUCUGCCUCGAAACCGGCCCUAACUGGACUACUCUGGAUGCGUUUUGUGGUGGGCCUCCUAGAGGGGAGGAUGGGCCUUUAUCUGCUCCGUGGAGUGCACUGGAGUGAGGUGGGGUGGCCAGGCAGCCUCUCGCAUCUCUCCUCCCUGCAGGCACCGUGUGAGCUGGCCCUGCCCUCAUUCCAGUGUGAAGGGAGCCAUGAUAUGCAGCAUUUUCCUGCCGUUCUCUCAGGGACUCUCAAGGGCAGCUCCUGCCCCUCCGCCAGGGCCAGCAUGCCAGUCCAGGCCGAGCAGGUGGCUGGCCGUCUGGCCGUCUCGCCGUCUCGGCCCACCCCUCCACAGGGCCCUGGAGCAGGGCGGUGCAGGGCGCGGCCCGGAGGAGGCAGGUGGAGGAGCUGCGGGUUUCCACAUUGCCGCAUCGCCACGGCUCUUCUGAUCCUUUAGGGUUGGCGAGCAUCUCUGGAAAUAGCUUUUGCAGAGGCAUGGUGGGAGGAAUGGAGGGGGACAGUCUCUCACCCCCCCACCCCCGGAUUUGUGUAGAUCCUACCUGGAGUGGCUUCAUGCACUUUUGUGCCAGAGCUUGUGAGGGUGACAAAAGAGGGUCCAGGCUGGAAACCUGAACUUUCUGGGUGGGAGAACCAGGCGGUGCCUGCUGAGGUCUGGGCAUGUUUGGGCUGGCACUGGAGCCUGUCCAGCUGGCCCGGGCCCUGACCUGGUUCUCACAAGUGUUUCCUAGUCAGAGAGGCACCUGGGUCAGUAUUAGUCUAUUUAUCAGAGGUGUAAAUAAUCUAUGUAUAGUUUUUCUCCUUUUAGAUUAUUUUGUAUUUGUUUAAAAGAAGUUUUGUCAAAAUACAAAAAUAUAAAGACUGAAAGUUGUUGACAGGGUUUUUAAAAAAAUUAUAAUUAUUCUAAUUGUUUUUGUUUGUUUGUUUCUGCCUUGUAAACUAGCGCCAAGGAACUGCAGCAAAUAAACUCCAAAUUUGCCCAAGCCA